GCUCUCUCAAAACAUUGAUAAACCGGUCUCCCUGCGCAAAUAUGUGACAAGAACAUGAAUUGUCAACGCAGGAAACAGAUUUGCAAAUUUUUGCAAUGUGUUGUGUUUAUAUUAACAAUUGUUUUAACAACCGAAGCAAAGUCUGAGAAGCAAAAUGAUUCAAAUGCUUGUUUCUGCAAGCUGAAUGGCGAAGUAGACGACUGUACUUGUAAGGUUGAAAACCUUGACACCCUCAACAAUGAGAAGAUAUACCCUGUUCUCGAAAGCUUACUACAGAAAGACUACUUCAGAUUCUUCAAAGUAAAUCUGAAGAAGCAAUGUCCAUUCUGGUCUGAUGACAGCCGGUGUGCCAUGAAGGACUGCAGCGUAUCUACCUGUAAGGAGGACCAAGUACCCGAAGGACUGAAGAACGGUGCUGCUAAAUAUGCUGCAGAUGCCCAGAACGAACACACUUGUGAUGAGGAGCGAGAGUUAGGGGCCUUGAAUUCCACCAUCAGCGCUGAGAGUAAAGCUGCGUUCCAGAACUGGACCAAGCACGACGAUAAACUGCAGACAUUUUGUGAACUUGAUGAUGACAAAUCUGCUGAUAUGGAGUACGUUGACCUCCUGUUGAACCCUGAGCGUUACACAGGAUACAAGGGAGUGAGUCCCCACAGGAUCUGGAGGAGCAUCUAUGAAGAAAACUGCUUCAAGCCCAAUGGGAAAUUCCGAUACGGUUCACAACAGUCCUUGGCUGAUAACACAUUUGAAGAGAUGUGCCUUGAGAAGCGAGCAUUCUACCGUCUGAUCUCCGGCCUCCACACCAGUAUCAAUCUUCACCUGUCUGCCAAGUACCUCUUCCCAGCAACUCUCUACAAUCCUGCUACUUGGGGACCAAACCUUAAGGAAUUCACGGAAAGAUUCGACCCUGACCCUACCAAAGGUCGUGGACCACAGUACCUUAAAAAUCUCUAUUUUACCUACCUAGUAGAACUGAGGGCAAUCGCAAAGGCAGCACCAUAUUUAGAAAAGGAAGAAUAUUUUACCGGUGAUGCAGAGGGUGACAGUGAUGUGAAAAAAGGCAUCAAAGAUUUCAUCAAGAUUGUAAGGUCAUUUCCCGACCAAUUUGAUGAGAGUAAAUUGUUCCAGGGAAUACCAAUGGAAGCUGGAAAGCUCAGGGAAGAGUUUAGAACCCAUUUCCUCAAUAUUUCUCGAAUCAUGGACUGUGUUGGCUGUGACAAAUGUAAAUUGUGGGGCAAACUUCAGGUACAGGGAAUGGGAACAGCACUGAAGAUUCUAUUUUCAGGAGAUUCCAUCGGACCGCUAUCUACUGUAGACGCUCUACAAAAACAAGAUUUCCAACUCAGAAGAACUGAGAUUGUCUCCCUUUUCAAUGCAUUUGGCAGACUGUCCAGCAGUAUUAAAGAAAUACAAUUAUUCAAAGACAUGCUGCGGUGACACUAGUCCAUUAAGGCGAUGAGCUAUUCCUUUUGAAGAGAUAGGUCUACUUAAGCGCAGUGACAUCUCUCCCUAUAAGCAAUUCUGCAGUGAUACAUUUUCCUUAAGGCUGUUUGACAUUAACACUUGUGACACUGUAAUACUAGGGCUAUAGUGAGUGACAAUGCUCUUUUUGGUAACUGUAGGAAUCUCAUUGUGCAAUUUCUGUCGUUUCUGGAAUGCCUCAUGAGGUUUUCAGUCAAGUCAUAAGAUGUGUGAUCUGCAUACUGCCUAGUCUGUUCUCAUAGAUAGCUUUAAUUUGUUCUGAAAAAAUAUCACAGAUUUUUUAUUUCACAUGUUCUUGUUAAACAAUGGAUAUUAACAUAUUUUUUUCAUUAUAUGACAGCAACAAUAUUAAUGUUAACGUACAUCUUUUGAUAGCUGGCUAAAUUAUGACUACACCAUUGAACUGGAGUUCUUGUAUAUGUUUUUCUAUGGCAUAUUUGUAGGGCGUGCCAAUUCAUAUGACAUUGUGCUAAUCUGUUUAAGUUUGAUAAAGAGCUAAAAUUUUAGUGCGCUAAUGUAAGAACGUUUGGAAAAUAUUUUGAUUUCCUGUUGCUGUGAUAACCAAGGUUGUUUUGUUCAAGGAUGUUAAUGAAUACUAUUUGUUGAGUUCAGAUGCUGAUCGUCUGAUGUCACCGCUACUAGUCAUGACAGAUGAAUGUUGAUAGAAAUUCAGAAAGAUUAUCAUGUCAUUAUCCAUAUUUGGUUGAUAUUACGUGAAAUAUGACAUUUCUGUGUUGUCGGAUAUCAGAGAGCUUACAAAGGACAAUUUUCCAAAGCUUUGGCAGUUUGACAAAUGUUAAACUCAAAUUUUCAAAAAAAAAUGUAUUUUUUAUAUCAUACAAAAGUUUAAAAAAAAAUCAUCUUUUUAAUUUUAUUAAAAUCCUUCAUUAGCAUCUUGAAAAGACAUAUCUUCAAUAUAGGAUUUGCUUCUUUUACCUGUCAUUUAGGAACGGACAUUGGGCAAAAGCCUAAAUCAAACAUAAACUUGAAAAUGGUAAAAAUAUAGCUCAAUAUUGAUGUGUUGGUAUCGAUUUUAAUUUUAAUGAUGAAAAGAAUCAGGAAAAUAUAAGUAUGCAUUCUUUUAUUUUUAGAGAAAAGUUUUGAAAAUUUGAUCAAAUUGUCAAACUAACAAAUUGUCAGGGUGCAGACCGUAACCAUAUUAUAAAUAUUUUCUACAGAAGUUUUUCUAUAUCUUUUUCAUUUGAUUAGUAUUUGUAUUGUUUAGUAUCUCAACAUAAUCUAAAGAUAUGUUAUUAGUUAAAAGAUAUUUACCAUAUGUGUUGGAGAUUUACUACAAUAGUGAAUUAGUAUUGGUGCUUACCUGUUUUGGUAUGAAACCUGUACUGUGUAAGAUGAAAUGCUAUUAUUUGAUUUAGUAUUUUCUCGAUACCUGUGAGUUAUGAUUAUUUCAUCUUAUUAUCAAUUUUUUUUUUUUUGAUAAUGUGAAGAUUUUCCUGCAUAUAAAAAAAUUUCCUGCAUAUAAAAAAAGGGAAAAAAUAUACAACCACAAAAAGUGACGAUAUAAUAGUUCUUAUUACUUGCGACAUCAAAAAGGGAUUUUGGUAAAAAAAAAGAAUGUUUAAAUCACCAAAGUAAUAUUAUUUCAGCCCGGAGCUCCUCUUAGAUGAACAAUUUAGAUAGAUAAGUUGUUCCUUGGGAUGGUCAAGCUUAUGAUAUUCUUGAAAAAUUGUUUGUGAAAUUUAAGGUAUGACUCGAGCUCAUUGUAUAUACCAUAUUACAAUAAAAAAUCAAAUAUUGCCCGACUGAGAGAAACAACUAUCAAUACAUAGUGAAUUAUUGUAUUUUUUUCCUUGCAAAAUCUUGAUCGAAAAAAAGUUUGUUUUUAACUUUUUUUGAGAAAGAGAAAAAAAUAUGUUUUCAAGAUUAAUGAGGAAAUGGCAUCAUUUGAUCAUUUGAAACUUUUCAAAAUUUCUUUUUCCAAAUUAGUUAAUUAAUUAUUGUUGAUAAUAUAAAGAAAAUGUUCUAAUUCUUGAAUACUGCCAGUAGAUUGCUGGCCAAAUUAUUAACCUGGUGGGGGCUUCAUGCUUUGCAUUGUUAGUUGUUUUAUUCAUUAAAAGCAUUGUGAAGUAUUAUCGCCUGUUCUGAGGAACGACAUUGUAACUUAAUGUAUUUGUAUCUUUGGUGAGCGUAAUGUUUAAGUUUAUGACAGUUUUCUAUUGAGAUUCUUUCCCACCAAAACAGAUAUUCCCUAUUAAACAUACUACACUGUAUAGAUAUAUUUUUCAGUAUUAGUGUUUGAAAUAUGACAUUUUAUGCUUCCUCCAGGAAAACUGAUUCUUUUUGAGAGGUACUAUUUAAUCUUUCUGUGUCUCGAAGCCUGUAAAAUUAAAAAGUUGAACAUAGCCUCUAUAGAGGAUGUUAACUUCAUAUACACCAUACAGAUUCCAUAAUGUAUAAUUUAUCAAAUCGUAAAAAUCUGGUGACACAUGCACAGUCAUGGAACUAUUUAGGUAACAUGGCCAAAUUAAUACAUUAUAUUCCUGAUAUUUAUGAAGAUUUUAAAUAGGCCACAAAUGAAGUAUGAACAGAUAUUAUAUUCUGUAAUUCACUUUUUUCAAAAUCAUAAACUUUUAUGAAAUUGUAAAUUUUAUUACUAUGAUUGUAUGACAUUACCUCAGGUGACACUGAUGUCCUCAAGGGAACAUUUUGAACUGUCACCUUUAUGAAUUUAAAGUGUAGCAUUUUAUAAUUACCUGGUUAUAAGUUUAUAAAUGUAUUGCUUUUAUUUUUUUUCUCCACAAUUUUGUACAUUCCACAUGUUACCCAUUCAGGGUUAAUGUUUGUUUUUGUUUGUAGAGACAUACAAAAGUAUUUAAAUGUUAUUAUGCACAUAAAAAAAUUGUUCUGUUUUGUUCCGACACAUUUUUUUCAUAAUUUUAACCAAACCUAGAACAAUUUCAAAUCAGUCUGUGUAAACCAGGCCUUUUACCUAGCUCGGGUCCAUUUACUCAUUCACCCUUACAUAUCUAAACUAGACUUGCACAGUCUUUGAUUUGGUAAGGAUCAAAUGUGAUUUUAGGGGUGAAUGGGUUAAAUGUGUAAAUUGAAAAUUUGUAAAAUAUAUUUACCCAUUGAAACAAAAAUUAUUCUGAUUAAAACCUUUGGUUGUAUUGUAUUGUGAACUGGUGUAGUUAAAGCAGUAUUUACUGUUAUAAAUGUCCCUGUAUUUAGGAAUUCAUCGCAAGACUACUAAAAUAAUAUUUUUAAAGAAACUGGAUUGAAACAAAAGAUACUAUGAGAUUGCAGCAUUUCCAGACAGAAAGGAAAGGCAAGAUACAUGUAUUAACAAAUUAGGUAUUUAUAAAAAAAAUGAAUAUGUUUAUGUUAUGUUUUUGUGAUGCAUUAGUGAUUACUGUGUGUAUAAUGCGUAUAAUUAGUACAAUUAAGUUAUCAUUCAAUUAUCUCUGUUACAUGAACAUGUGGUUCAUCAUGGGUAUGGGUAGUUCUCUUCUUCCUAAAUAAGUCACUGAUAAUCCCAGGGUUAAGCAUUUAAUUUGCAACUAUAUAUCUCAAAUAACAUUUUAAAACCAUUGUUAUUUCACCAGCAUACAUGUCGUACUGUAAGUCUUUUAUCUUAAUUGGUCUUUUGGUAUAAAAUGCAUUUUUAUUGAAAGUAUGAAAAUACAGAGAUGAUUCAGUACUUUGUAUCAGACAUUUCGGUACAGAGAUGAUUCAAUACUUUGUAUCAGACAUUUUGGUACAGAGAUGUUUCAGUACUUUGUAUCAGACAUUUUGGUACAGAGAUGAUUCAAUACUUUGUAUCAGACAUUUGGGUACAGAGACGAUUCAGUACUUUGUAUCAGACAUUUCGGUACAGAGAUGAUUCAGUACUUUGUAUCAGACAUUUCGGUACAGAGACGAUUCAAUACUUUGUAUCAGACAUUUUGGUACAGAGAUGAUUCAGUACUUUAUAUCAGACAUUUGGGUACAGAGAUGUUUCAGUAAUUUGUUUCAGACAUUUUG